AUGUUGGCCUCGAGAAGACCAUCUACCACUCGUAUUUAUCAACAUACCUGGGUGGCUUUCUCCAAGUGGUGUCAAUCUCACCACCAUGAUCCAUCCCAGGCCACUGUGCAUCAGGUGCUGCAAUUUCUCCAUAGCGGCUUUAUGAUGGGACUUCGACCCAACACUUUACGUCGACAUGCGUCCACUCUGUCAUCCAUUCUCUCAGUGUCCUCUCCUGGAGAUCAUAUUUCCUCACAUCCGUUCAUCAAACGCUUCUUGAGGGGAGUCGCCCUACGCUCUCCGGCUGUUGUCCAUCGGUUCCCCUCAUGGAGUUUGCCAAAAGUUCUGCAGGCUUUGCAACGCCCUCCGUUUGAACCCAUCAGGACUGUGCCCCUACGUAUACUGUCCUUCAAGGUCUUGUUUCUGAUCGCAAUCACAUCUGCCAGACGCGUUUCAGAGUUGGGCGCAUUGUCUUCUGCUCGACACCUCUUCGUUUUCCAUAAGGACUCUGUUGUGCUGAAGACUGAUCCUUCCUUCCGUCCCAAGGUCGAUUCAGUUUUUCAUUGCAACCAGGACAUUGUUUUGCCUUCCUUUUGCCCGAAUCCUACCCAUCCUCUCGAAAAGGCUUGGCAUUCGUUAGAUGUCCGGAGGGCUCUCAAGACCUACCUGUCUAGGACCCAAGAGAUUCGACGAACGGAGUCUCUGCCGGUUGGCCUUAUUCUUGUAUUUUUAGAUAUUUCUCCUUAGACUCGCUGCGAAUGAACUGGAGAGUGGGAGGGGCCUGACGCCCCUAGUCUUGACUUCAAAGACAUUCUUGCCUUCGCACGAUAGGUGGAGCUAACACCCGCUGUGAUGUCCGUACUCAUAGGAAAAUCACCCUUCAGGUGAGACCAAU